GACAACUUCAAUAUAAAAUUUAAAUAGAUUAAAUUUGAUGCAUGGGUUAAUUUAAACAUUUUUAAAUAUGGCUUUUAAUUUUGCGGCAUUUUCUUACAUUGUAGCAUUAAUUGCUGAUGCCUUCCUAAUAUUUUUUGCAAUAUUUCACGUAAUCGCAUUUGAUGAACUUAAAACAGAUUACAAAAAUCCAAUAGACCAGUGUAAUUCCCUGAAUCCGCUGGUUCUUCCUGAGUACGUGCUGCAUAUAGGUUUCAAUUUAUUAUUCCUGUUUGCUGGAGAAUGGUUUUCAUUGUGCAUAAAUAUACCUUUGAUUGGUUAUCAUAUUUGGAGGUAUACUAAUCGACCAAUAAUGAGUUGUCCUGGAUUGUAUGAUCCAACCAACAUAAUGAAUGCUGAUAAUUUAUCAAAAAAUAUGAGAGAAGGUUGGAUUAAAUUGGGAGUUUAUUUACUUUCAUUUUUCUACUACAUAUAUGGGAUGGUGUACUCUUUAAUAUCAGUGUAAAAGAGGAAAAGUCCAUUAGAAGCAAUUAGACAAACCAUAUUUUUGAGUUUUUACGAAUUUUAUCUUUAUAAAAAGAUAAUGGAAAUUUUUAUAUAUUGAUAAAAUUAUAUUAAUGAAUGAAAAAUGAUAUUCAUGUAAAACAUGAUUAAGAAAGAUUUUCAAAGACAUCAUUUAUAAUUAUGAAAGAAAUCAGUGCAGUAGAAAAUGUCGUCUUCACAUAAAAUAAAAAUGUCAUUUAAUUAUUAUUAAUAAAUAAAUUUGGUUUAUCAAAUGGAAGUCCA